AUGGCUAGAAGGUAUAAUUUGAGAAAUGCUGAGCCUAGUGGCACAGGGGAAGAAACAACUGCUAAAGCGGCAAUGACAAUGGCGGGUGCUACCGGGGCAACCAAUACUGUGCAGGGAGAUCCCUUUGCGAAGAGAAACAAAGACUUUAGUUCAUUGGGAGGUCAGAAAUUCUCUGGAGAUGAAGGAGCCAUUGCAGCUAAUGCUUGGGUCUGGAAAUGUGAGAUGGUGUUUCGUCGUAUACAGCUCAUUGAGGAUAAGAAGAAUGAGAAGUUUAUUAAGGGAUUAAAUCAUUACCUGUCUAAGUCUCUUAUUCCAUUUGAUGCGGAACCAUUUGACAGAGUUCUUGACUUGGCACUGAAGUGUGAGGAAAAUGAGAAACGAUAUAAGGAAGGGAAGACCAGGGGCAGAGUCUUAUAUGCGGACCUAAUUAUGUUAUGGUUUGAGAGGUUUGCAAUUAUUUUGGGUAUGGAUUGGCUGCGAAAACACUUUGUGAUUCUAGAUUGUGCUGGAAGGAUUGUGAAUAUAGAUAUUCCUGGUAUGCCAUGGCUUACCCACACUUAUGGUGAUGGAGGAGAGUCGGUGAUAACGCAUUUUUUGUGCUCGGUAGAAAUUCCUAAGCAGGAUAUUAGUGAGGCGACAUACAGAAUAACGCCUAAAGAGCUUGUGGAGAUAAAGAAGCAGCUGGAAAAGAUGCUUCAGAAAUGGUUCAUACGUUCAAGUAACUCCCUGUGGAGAGCACCCGCGAUCUUUGUCUCCAAGAAAGAUGGCACUCUUUGCACGUACAUAGAUUACAGCGAGCUGAACAAGGAAAGUAUAUCGCUUAUUGCUUUUUGGACCUGGUAUGGGUUGUACGAAUUUCCUAUAACGCCUUUUGGUUUGAUAAAUGCUCUUGCCUAUUUCAUGGACUUAAUAAACGGAAUUUUUCAAUCGUAUCUAGAUAAGUUUGUGAUUAUCUUCAUAGAAGAUAUCCUUGUGUAUUCUAAGAACGAGAAAAAGCACAGAGAACAGUUGAAAGUCAUGUUGCAGACUUUGAGAGAGCAGUAG